AUGGCACCCCCAAAACCUCCUAAUCCUUCUUCUAGAGAAAUCAUUGAAGAAGCUGUUAACCUAGCCCAACUUCAACUUAACAAUGCUAUUCAAGAUACUCAAAUGCAAAUGGAUGAAAGAUUUCAUUUGGCUGCUACUGACCUUGCACAGCAAGUUAGGGAGCUACAAACCAGAUUUGACAAUGAAAAAGUGAUUUCUGAUUCAAGACAUGAAGCUGUCAUGUCAAGUCUACACAAACUGUUGGCUGGGAAGGAAAAACAGCACCCAGACACUGUUCACGUCGGAACUAUUCCCGUCAACACUAUUCAUAGCGGAGCUAGUACUGUUCAUGGCGGCUCCGGAACUGUUCAUAACAGAUCCGGUACUGUUCACGGUGGGUCAUUUCAUACAGCAGGUAUUCCUAUUAACUCUUCACACCCUAACAUGGUUUCUACCCCACAACACACCCCUUUAAGACCCACCCCACUUUUCUCACAUUCCCCUUCAAUCCCUACUGUUAACUCUAUGCUAAGGACUCCAACUACUCAACCUCAUUCUGUUUUUACACCCUACAUACCACCUCCACCACUCUACCCUCCCAACCCUAAUAUUCCAAUUUUCCCUCAACCCCCUUUUCCCCAAUAUGCCAACAUUCCACCUUUACCGCCCUUACGAACACCUAAGUUAGAACUAGUUAUGUUUGAUGGGUCUAAUCCUCUUGAAUGGUUGUUCCAAGCGGAACAAUUUUUUAGUUUUUAUAAUAUGCCCCAUGAAAACAGAUUAUCCUUAAUAUUCUUUUACAUGAAAGAUGAUGCUUUAGGGUGGUUCAAAUGGAUGCACCAAAACUCAUUGCUGUCUGAUUGGGUUUCUUUUACUAAAGCCUUAGAAUUGCGAUUUGGUCCCUCAUCUUAUGAAAAUCACCAAGCAGAAUUGUUUAAGUUGAAACAGGAGGGAACUGUUGUGGAAUAUCAAACUAAGUUUGAAAAACUAGGGAACCAAGUUGUUGGUUUACCACCUGAUGCCAUUUUAAAUUGCUUCAUUUCUGGCCUCACCAUUGAAAUUCAAAACGAAAUGGCUAUUCAUAAACCCACCUCCAUUUCCCAAGCUAUUGACUUAGCAAAACUUAUUGAAUCCAAAUUAAAAGAUUCCAAACCACGUUUUUCUAAACCCCCUCAAAACCAAUAUGGCGGCCCAAAUUCCACUUUUCCAUCAUCAACUACAAAACUUGCCACAACUAGCGUUUCUCAAUUCCCCCAACCUACCAGACCCGCUAAUCCCAUUGUUACCCCAAAAUUCCCAAUAAAAAAGUUGACACCUGCCCAAUUACAAGAAAGAAGAGCCCAUGGUCUUUGUUACAAUUGUGAUGAAAAUUUUUUUAUUGGCCACAAGUGUGCUACUGCCAAGUUCCUCUUGCUAAUGGAUGAGGAAGAAUCUCCUCAAUUAUCAACAGCAUUGAAUGCUAGUGAGGAUCAAGAAAUUUUUGAGGAAAAUCAUAAUGAUACUUAUUUUCAAUUAUCCACUCAAGCCUUAACCGGUCAUUUCUCACCCCAAACUCUUAAAUUCAAAGGAAUCAUUAGUGGACUGCCAGUCAUGGUUUUGGUGGAUACGGGCAGUACCCAUAAUAUAUUACAGCCCAGAAUUGCCCAACAUUUGAACUUACCCACAAACUCAAUCCCAAAUUUUUCUGUUAUGGUGGGCAACGGUUCUCACAUACAAUGCCAAGGAAUUUGCAACAACGUUCAAAUUACCUUACAAGACAAACCCUUUCACCUACCAUUCUACUUAUUGCCCAUUGAAGGGGCAGAUGUUGUUUUAGGGAUGGCUUGGUUGAGAACUUUAGGUCCCAUUCAAGCAGAUUUUUCUAUCCCAUCCAUUACCUUUACCCAUCAAAAUACAUCCCUUACCCUUCAAGCAGAUCCAUCUUCCCAUCCUUUACCCACUACUUUUCACCAACUCAAACAAAUGGUCCAUACUGACUCCAUCUCUUCAUUUCACCUCAUGAUCUUCAAUCAGCUUGACCAUGACCCCCAAAAACUUGACCUAACACCCUCACCCCCACCUAACAAGCCCAUAGAUUUUCACCCAGCUAUUUCUGAACUUAUUCAAACCUACUCCACCAUAUUUCAACCGCCUAAAGGCCUCCCUCCGCCAAGAUAUCAUGACCACCAUAUACCCCUACUCCCUAACUCACCUCCUAUUAAUGUAAAGCCUUACCGAUACCCUCACUCACAAAAAGAAGCCAUGACCAUCAUUAUACAAGACAUAGCCCUAAACGCAGUUACAAUAAAAGAAAGGUUCCCAAUCCCCACAAUUGAUGAGUUAUUAGAUGAAUUGGGAUCAGCAACAAUUUUUACCAAGAUAGACUUAUGCUCAGGCUACCACCAGAUCCGUGUUGCAUCGGAAGAUACACAUAAAACAGCAUUUCGCACAUUUGAUGGACACUAUGAGUUCUUAGUGAUGCCAUUUGGGCUAACUAAUGCUCCUUCUACCUUUCAAUCAGCCAUGAAUGACCUUUUAAGACCCUACUUGAGAAAAUUUGUUUUAGUUUUUUUUGAUGACAUUCUUAUUUAUAGCCCCACUUUUCAUGAUCAUCUAGUUCAUUUGCAGGUCGUUUUUGACUUAUUAAAAGCUAACUCAUUUUAUGCUAAGAUGUCUAAAUGUGUGUUUGCAGUGGACAAAGUUGACUACUUAGGUCAUGUUAUCUCUGUAGGUGGUGUUGCACCUGACCCAGAAAAGGUGAAGGCAAUCUUGGAUUGGCCUCCACCCCGAUCUCUCACGACGCUCCGUGGUUUCCUAGGCCUCACCGGUUUCUAUAGGCGCUUUGUGCGCAACUACGCCACUCUCGCCGCUCCGCUCACCGAUUUAUUAAGAUCAAAUAAGUUUACAUGGGGUACAGAGGCAUCUUUGUCCUUUGCAGAAUUAAAAAGACAAAUGACCGGCAUGCCGGUACUUGUUUUGCCAGAUUUCACUAAGACUUUCGUUGUUGAAACAGAUGCUUCGGGUGUGGCCAUUGGUGCUGUGCUUUCCCAAGAUGGACACCCUAUCGCUUUCUUCAGCAAGAAAAUGUGUCCGCGACUUCAGGCUUCCUCAGUCUAUGUUAGAGAAAUGUAUGCUGUAACAGAGGCAAUAAAAAAAUGGCGUCAAUACCUCUUGGGUCAACAGUUCCAUAUUUAUACAGACCAAAAGAGUUUACGCAACUUAUUAUUGCAGAAGAUACAGACUCCGGAACAGCAAAAAUGGACUUCUAAACUGCAGGGAUUUAACUUUGAAAUAUUCUACAAACCUGGCAAGACGAAUUUAGUUACAGAUGCUUUGAGUCGGAAACUUUGCGAUGAUGCAUCCCUUCUACUUGCAAUCUCUUCUCCAAUUCCAGAUCUCAUCAACAAACUUCAACACUUUUACACCCACGAUGCUCAGGGGAGGAACAUGUUGACACAGUUUGUACAAAGAACCAGCACGACUUUACAGUGGCAAAAGGGCUGA